ACCCUUUUUCUCUUAUUCGGGGCACAGAGAGAGGGAGAGAGAGAGAAGAGAGAAAGAGCGCCUCCAUCAAUUGUCUUCAGUCUAUCUCUCUUAGUUCUCCAGCAAGAGCAAACCCUAGCUCACUCUCAUGGAUUCCGAGUCGGCUCAAUUCCAACAAGCCCAACUGGCGGCAAUCCUCGGCCCUGACCCCGCUCCCUUCGAAAYCCUAGUUUCUCAUCUAAUGUCGUCGGGGAAUGAACAGCGAUCCCAGGCCGAAACGAUUUUCAACCUCUGCAAGCAAAACCAUCCCGAUGCGUUGUCUUUGAAGCUUGCUCAACUUCUUCAAUCUUCGCCUCACGUUGAGGUCCGGGCGAUGUCUGCGAUUCUCCUCCGAAAGCAGCUUACCCGCGAUGACUCUUAUAUCUGGCCUCGCCUAUCUGCGUCGACGCAAUCUGCGCUUAAGUCUCAUCUUCUCGCCUGCGUGCAACGAGAAGAAGCCAAGUCGAUAUCGAAGAAACUUUGCGAUACUGUAUCGGAGCUAGCUUCCGGGAUUCUUCCCGAUGGUGGAUGGCCGGAGCUUCUGCCUUUUAUGUUCCAGUGUGUUACUUCCGAAUCGCCCCGGUUGCAAGAAUCUGCUCUGUUGAUUUUUGCUCAGUUGUCGCAAUACAUCGGGGAAACCCUAAUUCCUCACCUCAAUAACCUCCACACGUUGUUCUUACGGUGCUUGGCUUCGUCGUCUAACUCCGAUGUCCGAAUCGCUGCACUUGGGGCUGCAAUCAAUUUUAUCCAGUGUCUUUCUAGUCCUUCGGACCGGGAUCGGUUCCAAGACCUUUUACCGGCAAUGAUGCAGACUUUGACCGAGGCACUGAACUGUGGCCAAGAGGCGACUGCUCAAGAAGCGCUUGAACUGCUGAUUGAGUUGGCUGGGACGGAGCCCAAAUUUUUGAGGCGACAGUUGGUGGAUGUCGUUGGUGCAAUGCUUCAGAUUGCUGAGGCUGAUUCACUAGAGGAGGGUACACGCCAUCUUGCUAUAGAGUUUGUCAUAACACUUGCCGAGGCAAGGGAGAGAGCGCCUGGGAUGAUGAGAAAAUUGCCUCAGUUCAUACAUAGAUUGUUUGGAAUCCUGAUGAAGAUGCUUCUGGACAUUGAAGACGAUCCUGCAUGGCACAAUGCAGAGAGUGAAGACGAGGAUGCUGGAGAGACUAGUAACUAUAGCGUGGGCCAAGAAUGCUUGGAUCGACUAUCAAUUUCUCUGGGGGGGAAUACCAUUGUUCCUGUUGCGUCGGAACUGUUGCCUGUAUUCCUGGCUGCUCCAGAGUGGCAGAAGCAUCAUGCAGCUCUCAUCGCCCUUGCUCAGAUUGCAGAGGGAUGCUCAAAGGUAAUGAUAAAUAAUCUGGAACAAAUCGUGUCAAUGGUUUUGAACUCAUUCCAAGAUCCACAUCSUCGUGUUCGCUGGGCAGCUAUUAAUGCAAUUGGGCAAUUGUCAACAGAUUUGGGUCCGGAGUUGCAGGUUCAAUACCAUCAACGGGUUUUACCUGCUCUAGCUGCCGCCAUGGAUGAUUUCCAGAAUCCCCGGGUGCAGGCACAUGCUGCUUCAGCAGUCCUCAACUUCAGUGAGAAUUGCACUCCUGAGAUUCUGACGCCUUACCUAGAUGGGAUAGUUAGCAAACUGCUUGUACUUCUACAGAAUGGGAAGCAAAUGGUGCAAGAGGGGGCUUUGACAGCUUUGGCAUCUGUUGCAGAUUCGUCACAGGAGCGCUUCCAAAAAUAUUAUGAUGCUGUUAUGCCAUACCUGAAAGCUAUCUUGAUUAAUGCAACUGACAAGUCUAAUCGAAUGCUUCGUGCAAAAUCCAUGGAGUGCAUUAGUUUGGUUGGUAUGGCUGUUGGAAAAGAGAAGUUUAGGGAUGAUGCUAAGCAGGUUAUGGAAGUUCUUAUGACAUUGCAAGGAUCCCAGAUGGAAACAGAUGAUCCAACCACAAGUUACAUGCUUCAGGCAUGGGCUAGACUCUGCAAGUGCCUAGGGCAGGAUUUCCUCCCCUACAUGAGUGUUGUUAUGCCCCCAUUGCUUCAAUCUGCACAACUUAAACCUGAUGUAACCAUUACAUCUGCAGAUUCAGAUGAUGAUAUAGAUGAAUCCGAUGAUGACAGCAUUGAAACUAUUACUCUUGGUGAUAAAAGGAUUGGGAUCAAGACUAGUGUCCUGGAGGAGAAGGCGACAGCUUGUAACAUGCUAUGUUGCUAUGCUGAUGAACUGAAAGAGGGGUUCUUUCCAUGGAUUGAUCAGGUUGCGCCUACUCUGGUUCCGCUUCUCAAAUUUUAUUUUCAUGAAGAAGUUAGGAAAGCUGCUGUUUCAGCUAUGCCGGAGCUACUGCGUUCAGCCAAAUUAGCUAUUGAGAAGGGGCAAGCUCAGGGUCGUAAUGAGUCUUACAUCAAGCAAUUGUCUGACUACAUAAUACCUGCUUUGGUGGAAGCUUUGCAUAAGGAGCCUGAGACAGAAAUUUGUGCAAGCAUGUUGGAUGCUUUGAAUGAAUGCAUACAGAUUUCUGGGCCACUUCUGGAUAAAGGUCAGGUGAGGUCCAUUGUGGAUGAGAUAAAACAAGUAAUUACAGCAAGUUCAACCAGAAAAAGAGAAAGAGCAGAGAGGGCCAAAGCAGAGGAUUUUGAUGCAGAGGAAGGCGAGUUGCUUAGAGAAGAAAACGAGCAGGAAGAAGAAAUYUUUGACCAAGUUGGUGACUGUUUAGGCACUUUGAUCAAGACAUUCAAGGCGUCUUUCUUACCUUUCUUUGAUGAGCUCUCUUCAUAUAUAACACCCAUGUGGGGUAAGGAUAAAACGGCUGAAGAAAGAAGGAUUGCUAUUUGCAUUUUUGAUGACAUUGCAGAGCAAUGCCGGGAGGCUGCUCUCAAAUAUUAUGAUACAUAUCUUCCCUUCCUGUUGGAGGCUUGCAAUGAUGAGAAUCCAGAUGUUCGACAGGCUGCCGUUUAUGGAGUUGGUGUUUGUGCCGAAUUUGGUAGCUCUCUGUUUAAACCUCUUGUUGGAGAGGCUCUUUCAAGGUUAAAUGUUGUGAUAAGGCAUCCUAAUGCACUUCAUACGGAUAAUGUAAUGGCCUACGACAAUGCUGUUUCAACUCUUGGAAAGAUAUGCCAAUUCCACCGUGACAGUAUUGAUGCAAMUCAGGUUGUUCCAGCCUGGUUAAGCUGCUUGCCCAUAAAAGGUGAUCUUAUUGAAGCCAAAGUAGUGCAUGAUCAACUGUGUUCUAUGGUAGAAAGGUCUGAUAGAGAGCUUUUGGGACCUAACAACCAAUAUCUUCCUAAAAUUGUUGCGGUAUUUGCUGAGGUUCUAUGUGCGGGGAAAGAUCUAGCAACAGAGCAAACUGCCAGCCGGAUGAUUAAUUUGUUGAGGCAGCUUCAGCAAACAUUACCACCUUCUACCCUGGCAUCAACCUGGUCAUCGUUGCAGCCUCAACAACAGCUUGCAUUGCAAUCCAUUCUCUCAUCUUAGUUCGCUGGCAUGAAAGGGGCAUAUUGUUAUACCCCCCUUGGAGAAAUUGCUGUCCCGUCGGUUUGUGUCAAUCAUAUAUGUUCAUUACUCAUUCUUUUUCCAUAAAUGUGUCCCCAUCAUUCCCUUGGUGUGGAUUUUUCUGGCAAUCCGGUGUCAUUUCGAUGGUUGAUUGAGGGUGAAAGUUUGUGCAGGUGAAGGAAAAGUUUUGGUUUAGUAUGUGUAUAUUACAAGAAAUUCAUAGUCCAGGUUUUUUUCCAGAGCAGGAAAAAAAGUAAAGAAAAAAGAUGGCAGUUGUGGCUUUAAGAGAGGUCCUUGUUGGUCAGUGCGCGAGGUUGAGAAUUGUGGUUUAGGCAAUUCUUGUAUCAGUUUUGGUGUUUAUUUUUCUUCUCAUUUUUUUUGUCCCUUCGGAAUGUGAGGAUCUUGCAAAUUAUGGAGUUUAAAUUAUAUAUUCCUUUCAAUAUUCAUUCAUAUAUUAUUUCUUUAGAGAAAGUUUAGUCCA